GUCGUUAUAAGGGGCGAUGCCUGCGACGAUGUAUAUCUUUGCGUGCAUCUCCACCCGAGUCCCACGUCGUCAAACUCGCCGUGCCUCAUUCCCUUAUCGAAGGAUAGCACACAAUGAUCAAACCCAAAAUCCUUGCAACUCUGCAGGGUUCUGCUCUCCAGAAGCCAGAGUUUGAACAGAUACCCUGGGAAGAUCCACGCGAGAGACGAAACCCCCACAACUGGCCGAUCUGGAAGAAACUGUUCCACACCGUUGUGCCUUGCAUUCUGGCUUUCGUGAUCACGUUCGGAACAUCGGUCAAUGAAGCCGCGCUCGAUCUUAUAGCAAUAAAAUUCAACGUAUCUCGAACCGUAUCCAUGCUCACACUCACACUAUACACACUUGGUCUGGCAUUCGGGCCUCUAUUCAUCGCACCACUAUCAGAGACUAUCGGCCGCCGUCCGGUCUAUGUCUUCACCUCGUCCUGUUUGUUGGCAUUCAGUGCUGGUGCCGGGGCGGCGAACAACCUAGCCACCCUACUUGUAUGCCGUGGCCUGGCUGGGGCUCUGGGGUCUGCUGGCGUUGCGAUCGGUGCCGGCACGCUGGCCGAUAUCUGGGAUCUGGAAAAGGAGGGAGGUCCUGCAUCCUUGCUCUUCAUCCUGGGCCCUUUCCUGGGCCCCACGAUGGGCCCGCUCGCCGGGGCCUAUGUUCUCAAAGAUCAUGAUUAUGACUGGAGAUGGACGCAAUGGGUCAUGGCGAUUCUCUGCGCGGCGAUCUGGCUCGGCGCGGUACUGAUGCAGGAAACCAUGAAGGAGAGAAUCUUGAUCAAGGUCAAUAAGAACAGCAACCACUCUGAAAAAGAGGAAGAGUCGCAACAGCAACCGGAACUUAUGAAGCCUUCCCUGCAGCAGCUCAUCACAACAGGGCUUGGAAGGCCGGUGAAGCUUUUAUUCACGGAGGUCAUCGUGUUCUCAUUGACCUUAUAUACGGCGUUCGCCUACGCCAUGAUCUUCAGCUAUUUCGCCAGCUCUUCCUACGUCUUGACGGUGUAUUAUGGAUUCAACUGGCGGCAGAUUGGACUUAGCUUCAUCAGCGUGAUCGUCGGAUAUAUUCUUGCAGCGUUCAUGUUCGGAGUCUUCGACAAGACUCUGUAUGUUAGGGCACGCGUGGCUGGCGGAGGCGUUGCCGCUCCCGAGCAUCGCCUGUACUCGGCCAUGGCAGGCAGCGUACUCUUACCAGUGGGACUAUUUUGGUACUCAUGGGAAGCCCACGCCGGCGGCCACUGGGCUGCCCUUGUCUGUGCAGGGAUCCCCUUUGGAGUGGGGGCAUUUUCUCUUUUCCUGUCAACCAUCACCUAUCUGGUUGAUGUCUAUCAAGCCGGAGCUGCAGCAUCGGCAUUGGCCGCCAAUGGCGUUAUUCGAUAUAUUCUGGGAGCGACGUUCCCCCUGUUUACCGUGCAGAUGUACGAGAAGCUUGGCGUGCACUGGGCGGGCAGUCUCUUCGCCUUCCUGUCGCUAUUUCUGCUCCCGAUCCCUUGGGCGCUCUUCAAGUACGGGGCUUCUUUGCGCGGGGGCAAGAAAUACUCGGGGUAGUAUUGAAUAGAGUUCUUGACAUC